AUGGGCAACUGCCUCAAGGGAUGCCUUUCCGACAACACCGAUGGAGGGAUGAGCCGUACGCGAACGAGUGCAAGCGAUAGUCAGUACGAGAUCCUGAUCGAGGGAAUGCAAGGCACGGACGGUCAUCAGGAUGGCGGUGAAUUGCACGAAGCAAUAAAAAUCAAAUCAAAUAGAAAAUCAAACUUUUUCAACAAGUUCUGGGCGAAAACGAAUGUGGACUACGCAAGACUGAACAAAGCAAAACACAAUAAUUUUUCGAAACGCGCUACCAACGCAGGCAGCAACGCAAGUAAACAUAAUCAGCAUCCAAAGUCGGGAUUGGACAUUCAACUGCAGUGCCUCGAUGCACAUUCUUUGCUGCUCGUAUCGAAGGAUGGCCAUCGGAAAACGAACGCCAACGGUUACAACGAUCUGCAAACGGACCAAACUUCCACGCCCGGUAGUUCGAUCGAUUUGGAGUGGGAAAAUGAUUACGGUUAUCAGCAUAGUCAGUGGUUGUCACAAGAAGACGAUCAAACGGGACCUUCGCAAUUGCACAGCUUUCCCGCCUUGGUUCAGGAAUCUGUGUUUAAAAUUGAAGAGUGGUCCACACUCAAACGAAGCAAGGAUCGCAUCAACGCGCUGCGCAAACUGGAUCACCAGCAACCAGUAAACCAGGCACAGAGCAGCCGAUUGCAUCUGUCGUCCAAAAACUCCACCGGAGGUGAUGACGUUACCGGGUCACUCGAUUGCAUUCAUCCAGUGCCGAGUGCUCGCCCAUUUCCAUCCUUCGAACAGCACGCGGCCAGUCUCACGCGCGUGGACAGAAUGACCCACGGUGAAUCGUCCGACCUUUCGCACAUAUCAUCCACACCGGAGGGUUCACUCGAAUGGGACAUCGACCAGGAUCGACAGCUAAAGUCGGAGAACGAAUCGUUGGAUUACGACACCAAGGAGUUGCUGCUGGAGAUUGAACAGUUGAAAAAUCGCGUACUUAACGAAACUGGAGCAACGCUGAAGGAUGAUGUACCGAGCAGCUGA